UGAGUGUUCGGCUCUGGUCGCAUUCUGUGUUGCAGUACAGAGUAAAUACACUGGACAUGAGCUAUGAAAACUUGUCAUGGCUACACUCAAUACUGUACUACAAUUUCUAGCCCACGCCACAUACUCGAUUGAUUGGCCAAAAUCACUGAAUAUCAACAAUCCCACAACUUUUUCCCGCGGAGUCCCAUACAAAAACAAAGAGCUCUUCCGCCCAGAAGGACCCAGCCUUAAUUACGCCGAACGCCAUGGCUAGCAAGGAAGAGCACAACGACGACGAGAUCCGCGAGCAGGACCGCUUCCUGCCGACAGCCAAUAUCUCGCGUAUCAUGAAAGUUUCGCUGCCGUCCACAGCCAAGAUUGCCAAAGACGGAAAGGAGACAGUGCAGGAAUGUGUGAGUGAGUUCAUCUCGUUCAUCACGAGUGAGGCCAGCGACAAGUGCCAGCAGGAGAAGCGCAAGACCAUCAACGGCGACGACAUCAUUUGGGCUAUGAGCACACUGGGCUUCGACUCGUACGUGGAGCCACUCAAGCUUUAUUUGCAGAAGUACCGGGAGUCGGUCAAGGUGGAGAAGAACGACAAGAAGGACAAUGUGGGGUCAUUCGGCGCGUCCUCGUAGACGUCACAGGGACUCGAAGACAGUGCUGUGGCUUGUAGCGAUAAGAGACUGCAAUAAAUAAACAGAAAAAGACAGAAAACUAA